GCAGGUGGGAGCCCGUGGAGCUCCGGGAGCCCCCGGGCCGCGCUCAUCCCGAGUGGAAACGGGGAAACCUGGAAGGGGCGAGCGGGGGCACAGCCCAGAGCGGGGGACUGGAGCUGCGCAGCCAGGAUGACGCUUCAGGAGCUGGUGGCUCGGGCAACCAGCCUGCACUCGGAUAGAGCAGCAGUUUGGUUUGAUGAAUGCACUGGGAAACCUCCAGCUUUCUACACCUACGCCACGGUGGUUGAGCUGGCCAGGGAACUAACAGCUUUCCUUCAAAAGUACUGUGACCAGCAAGGCAAAUGUGAAAUAGGCCUUUACUGCUAUCCAGGAAUAAACCUGCCAUCUUGGAUCUUAGGAAUCCUUCAAGUUCCAGCUGCCUAUUCACCUGUUGAUCCAGAUGCACCACCAACCUUAUCCACUUACUUCAUGAAGAAAACCAAUCUUCAGUAUAUUCUUGUUGAGAAUGACAAAAUAAAUAAAUUCCGGAUGUCCCAUGUUGGGUGUUUUUCCCAUGAUUCUUCCACAAUAGAACAUAUUGGUUUAACUCUCUUCCAAAUGAGCUCGAGCAACACUGAUUUAAAUUCACAAGUAGAUGAUACGAAAAGUAAAUGUGAACCUUUCAAAGCUGUGGGUAACUCACAGCCAGAAUAUACCGUUUGUCCAGAUCAAACUGAAGUAAAAACAUCAGAAGGAGGAUCCAUGGACGUCAGACAGAGAGACACUUUAGCGUAUGUCUUGCAUACAUCAGGAACUACAGGGAUCCCCAAAAUAGUCAGAGUGCCUCAUAAAUGUGUAGUGCCUAAUAUUCAACAUCUUAACUCCAUAUUUGAGAUCACACAGGAAGAUGUGCUGUUCCUGGCUUCUCCUCUAACAUUUGACCCGUCUGUGGUUGAAUUGUUCAUGGCUCUGACAAGCGGAGCGUCUAUUCUCAUAGUACCAAACACUAUUAAAAUGAUGCCUGUGGAGCUCUCUGCUGCUCUGUUUCACCACCACCGUGUGACAGUGUUGCAGGCAACACCAACACUUCUCAGAAGGUUUGGAGCUCACAUUAUUAAAUCAACAGUGUUGUCUGCAAAUACUUCGCUUCGUGUCUUAGCCCUUGGUGGUGAAGCAUUUCCUGUACUGAGUCUCUUGAAAAGUUGGAAGCACAAGGAGAACAAAACAAGUAUUUUUAAUCUCUAUGGUAUUACUGAAGUGUCAAGCUGGGCCACUUGCUACAAGAUUCCUGAAGAGGUUUUUAGUGCCGAUUUUAGAACAGAUUUUCCUAUACCUUUGGGAUCACCGCUUCUUGGAACAAAAGUUGAGGUCAGAGAUACCAACGGAUCUGCAGUUCUUGAAGGCGAGGGACAAAUAUUUAUAGGUGGUGAAGAACGAAUCUGCUUUCUUGAUGAUGAGAUAACUGUACCGCUGGGUACAAUGAGAGAAACAGGGGAUUUUGUAAGAGUGCAGAAUGGGAAUUUGUUCUUCUUGGGUCGGAAAGACAAUCAGAUUAAACGUCAUGGCAAACGUUUUAAUAUUGAAUGUUUGCAGCAGGCUGCUGAAGAUCUUUGCCAGGUAGAAGCUUGUGCGGUAACCUGGUAUCAGCAAGAAAAGCUUAUCCUGUUUGUUUUACCCAAAGAUGAUUUAAAAGAGAGGGAAACACUUAAAGAACUCCAGAAGCAUCUACCAGCUUAUGCAGUCCCUGAUGAGAUUAUAGUUAUUAAAGCUUUGCCUUUAACAUCACAUGGCAAAGUUGAUAUAUCUGAACUGAACAAGAUAUACCAGAACCAUCUAAACUCCAGAAGGCGUGACAGUAAGCUGAGUGACGCAGAGGAAUUGUGGGAAAGAUUGCAGUAUUUAUGGAAGUCUGUCCUCGGUCUUCUGGGUGAUUCCACUGAAAUUUCUAAAGAUGCAGUAUUUCUGUAUAGUGGUGGAGACUCCUUAAAAGCUCUGCGAUUUUAUGGUGAAAUUGAGAUGCUUGUAGGCAAAGCUGUGCCUGGACUUCUUGAAGUUAUUCUCAGCCGCUCAAUUGAAGAGGUUUACAGACAUAUUCUUAAAAUGCUUAUUACAAAUGAAGACCAAGUUAUGAAUCCUGACAAUGUUGUGAAAAGAAAAUUUGAUCCAAACAGUGGAGAGGAAUUCCAUGGAAAAUAUAUUAAACUGACAUCUGAAAUAGCUCUUGAGGUUACUUCAGGAUUAAUUCCAUUUAUUGCACUAAGCAGAGGAAAUCAUUUUUUCCCUGUGAAUUUCACCAAGUCUUUUAUGAAACCCAAAAAUACAGUACAAGUAGGAGUGGAAAUGCUACAGCAGCCAUCCUUUCAACAUUCCAAGGCUCCAAGUAUAAUGAAAAGCCACACGCAAGGGUAUGAAAUGGGAGAAAGAAUUUUAACAGUUACAAACAAGGCAAAUAAAAACGACUGUUCCUCUGUGCAGCAAAUCCACGCAGAAUGUGGUCAUGUAACAAUGGCAGAGUUGGCAUUGUCCGUAAGAUGGAAGUCAAAUACAAGAAAGUGUGUUGAUGCAUCACCACUGGUUGUAAUACCAUCUAAGGAAGAAGUAUCUGCAUCUGUGUAUGUUGGCUCUCACUCUCGUGCAAUGCAGGCAGUUGAUCUAGAUUUGGGAGAAAUAAAGUGGGAGAAGACCCUUGGAGACCGUAUUGAAUCUUCUGCCUGCGUAUCCAAGUGUGGAAAUUUUGUUGUUGUUGGUUGUUAUGAUGGCUUAGUAUAUGUGCUUCAAAGCAGUGAUGGAGAAAUACAGUGGACUUUUGUCACAGAAGACACUGUGAAAAGCUCUGGAGUUGUAGACCCUUCUAGUGGACUAGUCUACAUCGGAUCACAUGACCAACAUGUGUACGCUUUGGAUAUUUAUAAAAAGGCAUGUGUAUGGAAGUCACACUGCGAAGGUGGGGCUGUGUUUUCAUCUCCUUGUCUAAGUUCUUUUCCACAUCAUCUCUAUGUUGCUACUUUAGGAGGACUACUAUUGGCUGUUAAUCCAGUGACAGGGAGCAAGCUUUGGAAAAGCUUCCUGGGAAAACCACUCUUCUCCUCUCCUCACUGCAAUGAGAACUACGUCUGUGUUGGGUGUGUGGAUGGAAACUUAUAUUGUUACAGUCAUUCUGGAGAAAAGGUUUGGCAGUUUUCCACUAAUGGGCCAGUGUUUUCAUCUCCAUGCCUCUCAAGUUUAACUAAGCAAGAAAUAUUUUUUGGCUCCCAUGAUUGCUUUAUCUACUGCUGUAACAUGGAGGGUAAUUUACUGUGGAAAUUUGAAGCCACUUCAAGUGUGUAUGGAACACCGUUCAUUUUCCAAAGUGAUGACUUAAGUAACAAAAUUCUUUUGGCAGCAGUAUCUACAGAUGGCAAAGUGUGGAUCCUGAAUGCCAAGAGUGGAACAGCAGAAGGAGUAGAUAAGCUUCCAGGAGAGGUUUUCUCUUCCCCUGUAGUAUGGGGAACAAAGCUUGUUGUUGGCUGUAGAAAUGAUUAUGUUUAUUGCCUAGAUCUGUAUAUAACAGGAAAAAAAUAACAGCUAAGUUGUUAGGCUGCUUUAUUUUUAUUGUUUACAUUUGUAAACUGAGAACUCACAUGUGCCCUCUACCUCUCUGCCUAUUUUGCUGCAGGCAAGAGCUGCUCCUUGCAGGCUUAUCAGGUAGCAUUUUGCAUCAGACAGUGUCCAGGGUAGGCUGUACUGAUGGAAGGAGGACGGCUGCUCAGCACCUUCCCAGAGAAGGGAGAAUCUGUAUUAAGAUGCCAUACCUCGCAGCCUGAAAUAGCAUGCUUGUCUCUGAGGGAGGAAUAUAUUGCUUUCUCUGAGUCCAGCCUAGCCCGUGCCUGGCUCUUCCAUUUAUCAGGCUAGUGUUUGUCUAGUCUAGCAAGGUAUCUGUGCCAAGGCAAGGUAACCCAAGUAAUUUUUUGAAUCUAACUUUUAACUUCAUUUCUGAAGACAUAGCCUGCAUUGCAUAUACCUGGUAGGAGUGACCUGUUUACUAUAGUUUGUACAAACUGAUUAGUUCUUCUUUUGUAAAGGACCUAGGCCAUCCAUGACUUCAAUUCAUUCUAGCUUACACUUAGACUCCAUCGAAGUCAGUAGGAGUUACUUCUUGUAUUCUAAAGCAGAGAAUAUACUGUAUAUAUUUGUUAAAUUCCAGUGACAGGUACAGUAUGAGUUCCAAGAUGAAGUGUGCACUGUUCAAAUCAACCAUUGUCAAAUAAUUUUUAAGUGAUUUCAAUGAAAGCUGUCUACAUUGUCUUUACAAGAACUAUUAAUAAAGGGUUGUGUAAAUUGG